AUGGGCACUCUAGGGACCCUCCAACCUUUUAUUUUCCUCAUAAUUCAUUAUAAGCUUUAAUAAUGUCGGUGCGGAAUCCAACGACUAAUACAGAUUAUCGGCGGCGGUCCCAACUCGGCUCUUCCCAUCCGCAACAACCAAUUACCUCCCGUAAAGGCGGUUAUUUACGCUGCCCGUUUGAAAUCAGCCCGCACUUUUCCGAUCUCGCCGCUCGUUUGGUGGCUUCUUCGUCCACCAAACACGCGCCGCGAUCGAGAGCCUCCGAGGCGGACGACGAAGCCGAGGGGGUUUGUGAAGGUCGUCCUUGGACUCGCGCGGGGAUCGACGCGAGACGGCUCACCACGCGUGAAAAACUCGCCCAACAGACGCAGUCCGAGCAGAUCUACGGCUCCAACUUGGGAUCGGCCCCCGCGGAGGACCUGAAAGCGGAUCCCGUCGACCCUCCCACGCGCUCCUCCACACGGGAUGGGGAAGGGCGUCGGGGAGGAGGGGGCGCCUUCGCGAUGGAUAUUCGUGAGAAGCAGGCCUUGCAAAAGCUCCUACCACGGCACCUUCGCGGCCGUCAAGAACGAGGAGCUUCCGAAGGAGCCUCCGUCCUACCAAAUAGCAACCAUAGGCGAGAGGGCGGGGAUGGCGUGGUAUCCGAGAACGACAUUGAUGCGGAUGAGACGAUACUCAAAAAAGGUAGUGACAUGUCUAAACCUUCUAAUAAAAAGAUCUCUGAGAAGAUAACUUUGAGUGAAAAAGAUGGAAAAGAGCUUUCAAAGGGCACCCAAAUGGUUUCCAAAAAGAGCCUGACCGAAAACAAGAGUCCUAACAUGGGUAGCAGUUUGAUCUUGGAUUCCAAUUCUACCACGAGUACUACAGUUAAUUCUGCCUUGCCAAAAAAACAAAAGCGGAUGCGUAAAAAUGAGGAGCAGUCGCAAAACAAUUCUUCAAAUGCAGCUAUUACCGAGGCGUCUGUAAAUGGAGCCUUACCGUCUACUUCUCCACCGUUGCCUAAGACGUGUUCCCGCCCGAUGAAUAAAAUGCAAAGGCUUGAAGAAAUACGAUUAAAAGCGCUGUUCGGUAAAAAAAAGAGGUUCUGA